AUGGCUCCUAUUUACAAGAUCGCGCUGAUUCAGUUUGACCCCAAGCCCAUCGUUGUCGACGACAACUUUGCCAAGGCUGAAGGACACUUGCGCGAGGCAGCGGCUAAAGGAUGUGAUAUCGCGAUUCUUCCAGAGUUUCACCUCACAUCAUGGGCCCCUGAGCAUGCCGGCUUUGUCUCGGCCAGCAAGAAGUCAGCAGGCUGCCUAGCCAAGUAUCAGGAUCUUGCGCGGGAGCUGAACAUCAACAUUGUCCCGGGUACUAUUUGCGAGGUGCAUCUCGCAGAAAAUGGCAAGGAUGAGGAGUUGCGCAACAUGGCCUACUUCCUGGCCGCCGGAACUGGAGACAUCUGCGGCACUUAUCAAAAGAAAAACCUGUGGCAUCCUGAGCGACCUCACCUUACUUCUUCAGCUCACACACCUCACACGGCUUUCGAUACACCUCUGAAGCAUGCCGAUGGUCGACCUGUGCGGGCUGGCAUGGUCAUCUGCUGGGACCUGGCCUUUCCGGAAGCUUUCCGGGCUUUGGUCAACGACGGCGCAGACCUCAUCAUCAUCCCGUCGUACUGGUUCCUGACGGACGCGGGAGAGGAAGGACAGGAACUAAACCCGGAUGCAGAAAGGAUCUUCAUUGAGAGUGCCCUGACAUCACGGGCUUUUGAGAACACUGCGGCGGUUGCCUUCUGCAACGCAGGUGGACUGAGCAGUGUGAACAUGCCUAUCUUGGGUACUCUGGGAAAGAUUGAAAUUGGCGAGGAAAAGGUUGAAAUUGUGGAAGUCGAUUUGGAUAUCUUGAGGAUUGCCGAGGACAACUACAAGAUCAGGAAGGAUAUGAAGGGCGAGGGGUGGUACUACAAGUACGACAUGAACAAGAAAGUAUAG